GAUGAACCUACUCUGAGCUUGUCCGACACAACUGUGCUCGUCGUCAGCCGUCAGCAUUAUGUGAGUUCAGAAUUUGGUACAACUGAAUCACACUGCAGCAGAAUCCACCCUGUGCUGGGACAACCUGUGACUCUUCCCAUCCCCGAUGACGUGGCCGGCACGGACUUGCUGGGAGAGCUGAUGCUCACCACAGCUGCUGCUCUGUGGCCCAGCCCAGGGCUGCUUGCCAACCAGCCGGGCAGAAUGUCUUCACUCUACAUAUUUCUAUAUGGACCUUCAGGUCUUCCUCUGAUGUUGUCAGCGUGGGAGGAACCAGUCACCACUGUCUUCAAAGAUACCUCUUAUUUCAUCGACUGGAAGAAAUAUAAUUUGUGUGUGACGCCCACUUUGGAUCUUGACUUGGACAGAGAUUCGCUGCUUCCAGAUGUGAGUUACCGGGUGGCGUCCAGUCAAGGGGAGCAGUCUCAGAAUGUGGACCCUCGAGGACAGACCCUGCUGCUUUUCCUCUUUGUGGAUUUCCACAGUGGAUUUCCAGUCCAGCCAAUAGAAAGCUGGGGGAUCCACACUCUGCUCACAGCGCAUCUUGGUGCCGUCCUCAGAGAGAGCCGCCACAGGGUGCGGGAGUCGGUCCAGUUCACCGUGGACCAAGUCCUGCAGCAGCAGCAGCAGGCUGCCAAGUCCCAGCAGAGACUGCAAGCCUCCCUGUCUGUGGCUGUGAAUUCCAUCCUCACCGUUGUGACUGGGAGCACCAGCAGCAGCUUCCGGGAGACCUGUCUCCAGGCCCUUCAGGCAUCUGACACGCAGGAGUUGGGGACCAGACUGCACGAAGCAUUUCAUGAGAUCACCCAGCAGCGACUGCAUCACCGUUGUUCCUGUGACAGAAAGCAGCAGCUGACCCCAGAGGAGGCAUCAGCCCAGGACACUGAGGCCACCCGUGAGCAUGUCAGCGCUGACCACACUGAGGCGGCCGGCGCGCCCGCCGCAAGCAAGAGGCGCAAGGAGGACGAGCGGACAGCCCCCCGGCCAGCCCGGGCCCCGAGCCCGCCCGCGGCCCCCGUCGAGUGGGGCGGCCUGGAGGACGCGCUGUGGCUGCAGGAGGUCUCCAACCUGUCCGAGUGGCUGCGCCCCGGCCCGGCGCCCCGCGCGGCCGCCUCCCCGCCCGCCCGCGGUCCCCAAUAAAGCUCUGUGUCCACGCGCGUCUCCUCCGUGAGGGCGGGGGCGGGGCCGUGACGUCGCCGGCGCGCCGCGGGCUGCGU